AUGGCUUCAGCUGAUACCGAGUACUCUCAAACUCUGCAGCACAUCACUGACGCCAAACUCGAGGAGCUGUCCAACAAAAGGCAGAUCUUCCAGAAACGCAAAGCUGCUGCCUUGGAAGAGGCCGACUCCUUGGACUCUCGCAUCCAAAAGGUCCGUGUUCUGUCGAACGGCGUCAAGACCUGUUUUGAUGUUCGUGUCGACGACGAUGGGCGCAUCUCCGACCAAACACACAGCAACCGUCAACUCGUCACCGAGCUUUCCAACCUCGAUCGCUUCCUGAAGCAAGCCGAGUAUGAUCCUUCGAUUUCAGUAGAUACGCUGGAACGAUGGCAUCGCUCUUUGCUGUCGCUGCUUGACGUUCAGACGCUGAAAUAUGAGUAUGCUACACUGUUUGCUCGGCUCACCAUGGAGUGGCUGUCUGUGAAAAAGAAUCCAAAGACCCGAGAAGGCGAGAAUAAGAAUGACGAUUUUGAAGAGCUGGCCAGCGCCCGCAAGAUGGAAUCGAAGAGAAACUGGGAGGAAAAUGUCUUCACGCCCGCGGACAUUGACACCGAUACUAUCACGGCCUUCCUCGGUGACUUGUUCCACGGCCCAUCUGGACCUGUUGACGAUGAAUCCACUGAUACUACCAAGGAUGUCCUUAAGGCUCUCGAGAGACUGCGCGAGAAGGUCUCAAAAUUCGAGAGUGAACUGACCUCGUCCACCCAGUUCAAUCCCACUACACUGAAAUGGGUCAUAAAUGGUCUUCUCAGUUCCGAUUUACCCACUGAAAAGCAGCGGGCUGUUCUUAGGGAGUUUCUGAAGGACGACACAGUAUUGACCGAGCUGGCCGAUGUCCUCAACAUGCGACUCGCAGCGUUGCACACUUGGUCCUGGGGCCCCGAAGUGGCCGUCGAACAGCGACGUCAACUUAACGGUGCCUAUCACAUUUACAUGCACGAAGACCUCAUCCAAGCGAUCUUCCUGCAGUAUCUGGGCGUCAAAUGGUCGGUCUUUUUCAAGAAGUCGUUAAUGAACUUUCGAAAGCUCAAGGGGGUUUGGAAAACCCCGAGGUCUAAUGUCCCAGCCGAAGACAAGAAGCGCCGUCGGUUUUUCCUUGACUCCCGCGAAGAGAAGCCCAACUUGCAGAUCGUCAAAGAGUCUAUCCACCGCAAUGCAUACUUCGUAUCCCAGCUUCUGGAUAACGAACAACAGGAUAGGGAAGUGGGCGAGGGAGAGGUGGAAGCUGAGGCGGCGCCCGCGAGAAGAAGCGCCGUGCAACAACAACCCGUACAACAGCCCACAACGGUAAAACAGAUCGCACCGCGUGCCCGUCGACUGCAGCGUAUCGCGGCGCAUAUUGACUCAGACGAAGACAUGGAAUUUGGCCUCAUCGAUCGCGGUGGAGAAAUGUCCGAGCACGAAGACUUGUAUGACUCGCACCCUUUUGCGCCGAAAGUCCUGAAGCCCUCAAACCCGACGCAGGCGAAGCAAAACCUGCUACUCCUGCUGAGCGCCGAUAUCACGAUCAACAAACGACUUUAUGGUGAGAUUACAUGCUUCCGCGCUCAGUAUGGGUCCCUGUAUCCGAGCUUGCCUCACGCAACAAUUCUGGCGGUUCUCAAGUUUCUUGGUGUGUCCGAGAAGUGGACUGGCUUUUUCGAGAAGUUUCUUGCUGCUCCUCUGAAGUUUGUUGACGAGCCUGACGUCGAACCCCGGCUCCGCCGUCGUGGUACCCCUGGGUCCCACGUCUUGAGCGAAGUGUUUGGCGAGGUCACCCUGUUUUGUCUCGACUUCUUGAUCAACAAGGAGAGCAGCGGUGAGUCCUUGUGGCGAGUAAAUGACGAUCUCUGGUUCUGGUCGCGGAGCCAGGACACUUCCGUAAAAGCUUGGAAGGGUAUCCAAAGAUUCAGCGAGACCAUGGGUCUCCCCAUCGGCGACAAGUCUGGCGGCGCCCACAUUACGGCCAAAGAUGGGCCCAAGACCACUAUCCAGCCAGAAUUGCCAAACGGCAGAAUCCAAUGGGGGAUGCUGUAUCUAAAUCCAGAGUCCGGCCGUUUCGAGAUCGAUCAAGACAUGGUAGAUGGCCACAUUGACGAGUUGAAACGCCAGCUCGAGGAUAAAGAAGCCAGCAUUUUCGGCUGGAUCCAGGCCUGGAACGCCUUCGCGUCGACCUUCUUUACCUACAACUUCGGCACGCCCGCAAACUGCUUCGGCCAGCAGCACGUCGACAUGAUGCUCCAAACCCACGAACGCAUCCAGCGCGAGAUAUUCUCAUCAGAGCAGGGAACUGGUGAUCGCAGCGUCAUCACCUACCUCCGCGAGGCCAUCCAGUCCCGCUUCGGGAACACUUCGAUUCCUGACGGGUACUUCUUCCUCCCGAUCGACCUGGGCGGCCUAGAACUGUCCAGCCCUUUCAUCAACCUCGUCGGCCAGCGGGACUCCAUAAUUGCAAGCCCAGAUACCCUCCUCGAUGACUUCUUCAAGGCUGAACACGAGAAGUAUAUCUCUCUAAAGCGCCGCUACGCCGCUAUAGACAAAGACCUCGUCCUCGCGCGGAACAAGGGAUUCCGUCCUGUCGACAUUGACGACUUCAUGUCCUUUGAGGAGUACACCCGCCACCGCGAACUCGUAAGCUACGGACCGGGGCGUCAACUGGUUCACGUCUACGAUGAACUCCUCAGCCACCCCUCGCAGCAGGUGAUCCAAUACGAUUCCACGGGCCCGGUCGCCGUGGGACUCGCGAACGUGAAGAACCAGAAAGGCUUGAGCGGGAUCAAGGGCGAGUGGAACGACAUGUCGCCGUACUGGAAAUGGGUGGCGCAGCUGUAUGGACCCGAGAUUGUGGAGCGUUUCGGUGGAUUUAAUGUUGUCGACCACGGCCUGCUGCCUAUUGGCCUUAUUAGCCAGUUCCGCAGUGGGAGGGUGAGUUGGCGUGAAGAGUAA